AUGGCGGAGGAAGACAACUUGAACGGGUUAGAGCAAAUCACCGGUUCUCCUUGCGAUGAUAUCGACCUAGCUGAAAUGUUUGAAAGCGAUAUUGGUAUAAGAGAUGAACAAAAUCAUGUAGAUGACAAGGGAUCGGGUUCAGAAUUCGACUCCGAGCGAGAAGAGCACGUCGAAUUGUUGUCUUCAGAAAACGAACAUUCGGACGGGUUUCCCAGCCUGGAAGGCUAUUCCUACGGAGUUACUCCGCCAAGAGAUGUUAGACGGCAAAAGGAAAGGUCAAGAAAGGGAAAAGAAAAGGUUCAAGGCUUUUUAAAGAACUCUUUCGGUCGUGAAUGCGGACCUAAUUCAUCUGAAAAAGCGGAGCUGCACCGACGGAUAAAGCGCGGCUCGACCCAACUGACCACAGAGCGUGCUUUCCAGAGAAAGCUGAAGAGAGGCAGCGUCGACGUGUCUUUCAAUGUAAACUUUGAUAGCGGCGUUCGUUUGCCAGAUUGUGCAAAAUCCUUAGAAAUUCCAAGCAUUAAGAUCGAAUCAGCAAGUCGAUUCAUGUCUCUGGACUGCGUUUGCGAAGAUACAACAGACGGAAGUCCUGAUGACAAGGGCACUGGAGGCAUUCCGAUGAAGGCGACAAUGUCCCGGAGCCAUCCCAGAGCUACACGCUCGGAAUCUGAUCCUCGCAGCGCAAAAUCCCGAAGUUACCUCAAUCCGAAUUGCCCAGAGACAAGAAUGGAAUUUUACAGAACAUUUUCUCUGCUGAUAAAACUUGGCUCUCUAGCUCAUAAUCAACAGGAUAGUCAAAAACAGCAAGUAGUUGGCAAUACUGCAGAGAGGCAGAACUCAGAGGAAAACAAAAAAUGGCAGGUGGAAUUAUCACAGGCGCUUUGGCUGGAGCUUCAAGCUUGGCAUGCUAACAGGACGAUGGACGAACAAGAUAUGCAUUUGGUGAGGGCACGUGCUGAAGUAGAAAAGGUGUUGGAUGAAGUCAUCAAUUUUAAGGUGCAAAAACCAGAUCACGCCACAGAGAUUCUGUCUGAUGUCGGUGAUACAACUGCUCAAGAUGGAAAUAGUGAAAAGUCCGACAAUAACUUAAAUGUGAAUGGAAGCAAUGACAGUGAAACAAAUGAAGCAUACUGUCAAUCAUGCUCUGUGAUGCAAUCACACAUCAGUUCCUCUACAUAUGACUCUGAAAAGGGUCCUGAAGGAAAUCAAACAGGUUGUCAAGAUUCCUCACUUGACAUUCAAGAAGAGGAAAAUGCUACAACCCAAGAAAAUGAGCAAUUGACUUCAUCCAAGGCCAAUGACAGUGAUGAAAGUUUUUUUCCAAAUAAUUCUACUGACAUGAAAGCAGUGAGGAGAAAGUUGUGGUUGGACUUGAAUAAAGAAAGUCCAAAUGUUUUAUCUAAAGAACCAAGCAUACACCAGUGCAACCAGACACUGAAGGACAGAUCAUGUUGUAAACUGAAAGCCGCUAUAGAGCAAGUCGCAGAACUUUUUGACAAGGUUGAAAGAGUGGAACAUCUCUAUCCAACUUGUAAGUCUCUUGGCGAACAAAACCCAAAGUACAGGAGUGAAGAAUUUACCAGAAAUUUUGAAACUUUGUGUUUAUGGUUAAAUGUAACAAGUGAGUUAUAUCACAAGCUUCAUUUGGUGGCAAAGUUUGUUGGUGUGGAUUUAAAUGACACAGAAACAUGGAAGGACUGGCUAGAUAUUGGUCUAGGAAGGUUAGGUAAGUGAGCUACAAGUAUGACAGUCAUUAUUUACAAGUUAAUUGGUGUUACAUGUACAGUCAACUCCCGAUAAUUCAAACCUUCAAGGGAAAUAGAAAAAAGUUUGAGUUAUCAGGAGUUAAAGUUAUCAAUAUGGUCUGAAGGGAAAUGAAAAUUGCUUCAAGUUAGUGGGAGGUUUGAGUUAUAGAGGGUUUGAGUUACUGGGAGUCAACUGUAUAAACAAGCAUCUGUUCAAAUGUUCAGAUAUAAACUGACACUAGUCUUGUUUGGACAAGGGCUAUUCAUGUUUUUCUCACAUGAAUUAUCCAAAAGUGGGCACAUUGAUUUUCUACUCUACACUGUAUCAAAACCAAAGGUAAACAGGGUUCGCACAGUCCUGAAAGUCCUUGAAUUUUACGGGGGGUCCUUGAAGAGUCCUUGAAUUGCAGUGCAAUUCCUUGAAUUUACUUCAACUUUGAAUGUCGGGGUCUUGAAAGUGUUUUUACACUGUUUUUUGGUUAUCCAAGACAGAAUAUAAAUCAUAGCUCAGAGAAGGUAAAGGUGAAUUUACAUAAAGUGUUUUUUGUUUUCACAAAAAUUAACUCUCAAUUUAAGGGAAGUGGACUGAAAAGUGUAGAAAAGUUGUUGGAGCAAACAGUUCAAGCAUUCAAGUCCUGUUAGAAUGGACUGGGAAUGUAAAUACAUUUUUGUUACAAUUUGUGAAAUUACAUUCCUGGUAGGAAGUCCUUGAAAAUCUUAUGUGGUCCUGAAAAGUAUUUGAAAAGUCCUCAAAAAGUGGUUGCUGUUUUGUGUAUGAUCCCUGGUAAAGAAAACUUGAUGCACUUGCUUCCUUCUAGUAUCAACAAUAGAUGAGGUUGGUACCUAGUUGCACAUACAAGCCAAGUGCUUAAAUGUACAUGUAUCCAUUACAACCCAAUAAGCGGCAACCACCACUAACACUGUCAUAUAGAUUUAAUAUACUGUAGUUAUCUGAGAGGGGAGGGGUAGAGUUGGAAAACAGCAACAAGGCUGUGGAACCACAAACAUGCAGGAUUGAACACUGAAAUUUAAUAGCAUAAGUCUCAGCUAUAGGCCUUGUACUUUUGUAAAUCUGUCUCUUUAAGACACCUACACCUGUACCAGGAAUUCCUUACAGUGCAUGUGAGAUGUGCUAACCCCAGCGCCAAAACUGUGGAACUCAAUACCCAAUUCAUAUAGAACUAUACGAUUUUUCAGGGCUUUUAGAAAUAUUAUUAGAAAACUGGACUUGUCAGGUUUACUAUAAUAUUAACCUACAACUUACUAGUACCAGUCUAUUGCAUUGUAAAUAGUUUUAACUUUAUCUUAGUAUCAUGUAAAUUACAUUUUAUCUCUCUAAUUAGCUAUUUUAUUUACAGUUUCAGUUAUAAUUAUCUGUUCAUUUUUAAUUUUCUAUUUUUCUAUGUCGAAUACCUGCAAAGUAGCUAAUGAGUUUUCUCACAAAUAGCUAAGCGUAUUUUACACAAUAAACUUGACUUGAGUUUAACUUCACAUAAAAUGGUAAAAUAUUUUCUUCAUGUAGCACUUACACUGUGACAUAUCAAGGUUUACAUCUUUCUCUUUUAAACUUUUAUGACAGUUUACCCAGGGUGCAAAGAAAAUCAUUUUUACAGCUGGCCAUUCGGGCAAGCUGAAGCUAGCGUUUACUAGCCCAGAUGUCAUUUCAACUAGCCCCAAAAACUUUUUGACUAGCAGAAUUGAUUUCAUAGUUCUUCUGUUACUCGAAUUCCUCAAAAAACAUCAUUUGCCCAUCGGGCAAGUUAAAAACAGAAUUCACCAGCCCGAUAGCAAAAUCCACUAGCCCCGGGCUAUUGGACACUACUUUCUUUGCACGCUGGUUUACCAAAAAAUGUUCUAAAAAACAUUCCUGGUUUACGUGAUUGUUCAAGAGAAUUCUUUCACUUUUUUCUUCCAGAAAAUUUGUGCCCUGUUUUAGAUCACAGCCAUUUUGAUGCAACUGAAACAUGGCCAGUUACUGAUGAUGAAGAUGACAAAGAUUUUGAUGAGGAGGAGGAAGAGGAUGAGGGUCAAGAUAUUUAUGAAAACGGUGGAUCAGCUAUCAGCAAACCCUCAUCACCGCAAAGAACAUUAUCCCAUGAGUCACAAACAAGCACACCUGCAAGACCAUUACGAACAAGCAGCAACGUGUCAAACUUUGUAUGGAGCUCUACAUCGCGGUACAGACCCUUUGCUGAUAAAAACAUCAAGAAAAUGGGUUUGAUAAAACUUGGAAAGAGAUUAGGUGACAUUUUGGACACUAGCAUGAUGAAAGCCAGGCAAGCAUUAGCUCCUGCAGUGACAUGUUGUGUUGGUGAUGAAUGCCAAUGUAAAACUGUUGCACUUAAUCCCAGGAAAGUUUCUAUAAACUACCUGGAAGCACUUUUGAAUGGACGCAGUGAGGACUUCGUACAUUUAUCUUGUAGCUGUCAUCCUCACAGUACAUUGUGUUGUGAACCAGGAGAUCGAAUCUUGGGUAAUGAUCUUGAGCAAAGGGGCCUUCCUUCUUUCCGCUCAUUGUAUCUGUUCUUAUGCCGUGUUCUCCUGGAUAUAAUCCAUGAAUGUUUGCGUUUGAGGCUUCAACAUCGUCCUAAAGGGGAGCCAUCUUCUUUGAGUGUGAGACAGGUAAAGAAUACUAAUUUUUAUGCAGCAGCUAGCUAUAGGUAUGUUAGUUAUCUUAGGCACUGAGCCCCAGUACAGUACUCCCUGGGUAGUAAAUGUGAACAUGUCCUUUUUUCACAUAGCCACACUAGAACUCAGACACGGUGCUGGUGCCGGAAUACAAGGUCUAGACCUCAUACCUGGGCACUCAGGGCUGUCAAUAUGGGCCAGUAGCCGGCCAAAACCGAUAGCUAGUUAGCCAUCCUUAGCCGGCUACUUUCAUCUCCUUCUACCAUAACUGCCAACAAAAAAUAGGCACCAUCAAAUAAAAUUGUAAAGCAUCCAUUUCCCAGUUUUAAAUGACAUUGAACGCAUAUUUAAACAGGUUUAGAUCAAUGAAACGUUCGAACCGUGCAAUGUUGUGGAAUGCCUGGGACAUUUCAAUGGCGUUGUUCCCAGUCCUGGGUGUAUUCUGACAAAACAACAUGCCUUCGGUGGAAAACAUUCCUUCAAAACCCCUGGAAAUAGCCGUUUCUGAGAGUCUAAAUUUCAAAAUGUACCUAGAUGACUAGACCCAGAAGAAUUCGUGCCUUUGGUGUGAGUUCCAAAGCCACCUACUAUUCAUCAUCAGCCUGCUACUUAAAAUCUUUUCGACAACCAUGGGCAGUACAGUGUAAGGUGAGCAACAGGUCCCUGUGUGCACACCAUUUUUGUUACUGCCAGGGUAGUUCACUGCUUUGUUCUCCCUGCUAAGCUCAUAUUUCAAAAUGGCAUUUGACAGGGCAAAAGGAAAAUCAAUUACUAUGUAUACAUGUAUAGUUCAUAUCAGGUACCCAAGAUGUGAAUACAAUACCAUUAUUUCUGUUUCGUCAAGCACCAAGUGUGAGUAGCCCCUUAUUUCCCAUUAUUUUAAACUUACUGUACUAUCAUACAUUAACCCAGCAAUGAACAAAACUGAAGUAAGAUUUACGCUGCAGUGAUUUUGUUACGAAUAGUUAUGGUGAGUCCUGGGAGUCAUCUUGUGAAAAAUCAUGAGUCCCUGUCCAUAGCCAAUGAGUCCCAGUUAAAAAAAAAUACAAAAAUUGAAAAUGCUUGGGCCUCUUUGUAACCGGACAGUUAACCUGAAGACAGACGCAAAAACUCUGUAUUACAGUAUACUGAAAUUAAAAUAUAGUCCUACUAUUUUAAAGCACAACAAAGACUAAAAGAAAUAAUUAUGCAUCGUUAAACAACAGCUACAAUAACUGACACAGAAAUUACGUGAAUGGGUCGGAUAUUUCUACAAAUACACAUGUUCAGGUCGAUCAAUUGAUCUUUGCAUCCUACGGGACGCAUGCCAUGAAUUAUUUUGAGCCUUUAAGAAUUUUUAUGUGUCAGGGACGAAGGACGCAGAGGUAACAGAAUCACUGAGUUGGAUAAAAUUGUACCAUAACAUUGCUUUGCAAUUUAUGCCUUAGUGGUUAAUGUUUACUUGAUAUUUACUCUGCAGCUCCUUAGAGAAUGCAAAGAUGUAUUAUUGGGUGGAGUCUUAGUUAAAGACUACUACCUCUAUCUUGUUGAUGGAGUGGUGAACUUAGAAGACUCUAGCAGUGAAAACACCGAAAGUGAUAUUGAAGGAUUUGAGCAAGAUCUUCAGAGUCUCCUUCAGGUACAUGUCACAUUGAUGCUGCUUUAUUAUCAUUCUACUGUUCUGAAAGCAGGGAAGUUCUCUAUUUUUUUUGUCCUCUUUAAAUGGGGUUUGCAACUUGGUCUUGAAAGGAAAUAAGCAGUUUGCUCAUUACUCUGUAUUUACAUGAUGUAAGGGGCAUAGCUUCCUGUACGCACAUGCAUACCUGAAAAAUUCAAGGUUAAAAGAAUGAAAUAUUAUUAUGAAAUGAGAAUGCUCUUAUCGGCGUUAAGUCUCACUUGCUCGGAGAUUAGAUAAGAAAUGAGGAGGCAAUUAAUUCUAGAUGAAACAGGAUUUACUCGCUAAAGGUUUUACACUCCCUACUUACAGGGGAGGGCAGGGAUGAAGUUUCAUCUAAAUUUGUCCAAAAUGGUGCUUAAUAGAUGUUAAAUCAUAUGACAUGUAAAUAUUUGCUUUUUGUCUGUAGGUUUACUUUGACUACCUUCAUAAUGUGAUCCACUUGGUACAGAGGCUUCCUCAGGCCUCUAAAGGUCUCAAAAACUUUCUUGAAGAAGAAUGGAAUUUUGUGAAAAGGCACUGUCGGCACAUAAGAGGAGGAGAAGUUGAAGGAGGAACUAGAUUUUGGUGAGGGAAGCUACAUGUAGUCAGGGGUUGUUAUGACACCAAAUUCUUUUUUUUUAACCUGUUGCCAGGUUUUUUAUUAUUAUAGUUUUUCAUGCAACAAUUACAAAAAAAGAAGAAAAAAAGAAAAAACAUAACAUAAUAAUAACAGAAAAGAAACCAAUCAUGACUCUAAAUUCUGGCUAACAAUAUAUUUAAUGAGUUGACAAAAUGGUAAACGGCUCAGUGUACUAUUGAGUUGUAGUUGCAUACGAAAGGGCCACACGAGGUGAUAGCAGAGUGUGACUCUAGCUUCUUAAGUACCUAGCAAUCCUCCCAAGUGCGGCUACAUGUAUGACUCAAUGGUACACGCUGAGUUGUGUACCAUUUGUCUUAUAACAUAAUCAAAAGAGAACAACUUUUAAUUUUGCUCAGAGAUAGCAGGGCCAAAUGACGUGAGUGCUGUAAUCUGCUCACACUAUGGCAUGUACAAAUAAUUCUUUGCAAGUUCUUUUCUUUUGAAAAAAAUUGUUUUGCUGAAUAACUAGUUCUCCAUCUCAAUUUUAUGUUAUCGUUAACAGUCUUCGUAAACAUUUGUUCAGUAUUAAGAGAAAAAUCUUAGUUCUGCAAACUAUGAGGUAAAAAAUAUAGUCGCUUAGAAAGUGGCGCACAUGGCUUUGAGCGCACGCUAGCUUUCGUCACCCAUGGGCAAAUAGUAAAUAGGUAAUUGACCAAUCAGGGUGUAUGCUUUACAUUUGUUGUUAUAAAGAGUCAGUGGUAGAAACCUUAGCAAGUGACUGGAAAUAUGGUUGUCAACAGUCCCAUUACUGAACACCAUUUACAGACAAAACAUCAAAUUCACUGGAACUCUGCAACAUGCACUACAUGUACAUAUUCUGACAGACUACUGCCUGCUACUAAUAAAUGAAUUAUUGAGGGACUCAAGUGCCUACCUGACGAUAGUAGAAUGUCUGGGCAAACUGACAAUUUGAAAACCAGAGUUUUUUUACCAUCAAAUGAUGAGAUACAACCUACAUUGACUCUGACGAUGACUACCACAAAGGUUGUUGAAAUGUAAGUCACCGUAAACAACAGUCCUAAUCAGGAACAUGUUCGUCUUACUCAAGUCAAGGGUUUAUUUAGGGUUUCAUUGUCCGGUAUUGUAUGGUGGAAGCUCCAUUUUUCAAUCACAUUCUUUAAAAGCUCUCAUUAAUUUCUUUAUUUCUUUAUCUGAAAACCUCACUGAAACGGUCCCUCACUGAUCAGUGCAACCACAUUUUUGAAACCCACGAGGUUUAUGGCAUUAGCUGACUAUGUCUGCAAUUUACUAACAAUGUAGUAACACAGAAAACCACCAAAAUGCAGAAACAAGCUUUUGAUUAGUGGAAUCACUUAUAAGUAUUAAAUAAAAAUUAUGAUAAUGAAUUUUACUAUUAUCACCUUAACUUAAAGGUCAAAUGAACCAAAAUUUCGACAUUUUUUAUUUUCGUUUAAUUCUAGUGAAAUGUGUUUAAUACGAACCAAAUAAACAUACUAUGAAGUUUCAGCUCAAUUGAAGCAAGUAUCUCUGAGAUAUUCGCAAUUAAAAAUUGCUAUUUUUUGGCCCUUAUCUUCGUAGAGCGGUCGGAAAAAUUGUCGGAAAAAACAGCUUGUGACGUCAAUGUUGGUCAGGUGAAAAAAAGCGGGAAAUUCAAAACAGAGUUUUUCGAGUCGACUUGGCGCAGAAGUGGUUUGUGUGGCCAUAAACCUGGAAAGAACAGGCAAUUUGUCUUCAAAAGUUGCAUAUUAAAACGGACUUUAACGACAUUUACUAAUUUCCUUGAGUUGAAUUGAAAAUGUGCGUGGUUAAGUCCGAUUUUUUUCAAGAUACAUUCACAAAAUUUGUUCAUAUAAGGAAGUUCCUGGAUAUAUAAGGUCUGGAGCUCCACCAUGGACACAAAACAAAAUAUCUUUGUUUAAUUAUCUGCCCAAAGAAAUUCAAGUUUGCCCACAAUGUGUUUGAAGUCACUGAACUUUGUCGCACUCGAGCUGAUAUUUUAAAACCCCCGCUCGAUCGUACACUUCCAGCUUCGCAGAUCACUAAAAUAUAAACAAAAUCCUCAAUGUAUAAGUUUUGGCGUGGGCAGAAAAAGAGUUCAUCUUUAUCUAGUAAAUCUUCCCCAAGAUCGGAUUCAAAGCAACCAUAGUUUUUUAAACUUGAUCUUUUCGCGCAGAUUAAUUUUGCUUUGUGUUGUCAUGUUCAUGCGAGCGUCUUCAUUCAAGCUAAUUAAACUCAGCAAACUGAAUCAUCAGAAAAUACAGAAAACUGCACAUAAGGAUUUGUUUUGCUCGCUUCAGCGGUCAAAUCCAGCUCCAGGAAUUGUUUAAUUCAACCCGACGAAAAAAGGCGAAGCACUAGAAUAGACACAAAAUCAACUCACAAAUCGAAUGCACGAUUAUCAGAAAAAUACAAACUUGUUUGGAAAUGUUCAAAACGUUUCAUUCCACCUCAGACUGACGGAAUGAUCUAUUUUUACUCUAACAUUGGUUGUUCUGAAUCCAAAGUAAUUUUCAAGUGACGAAAAAACAACAACAACAACAACAACAACAAGCGUUUACAAGGAACAAACGUUCGCACCUCGUGUAUUUCAUUCAGUCUCGGUCAGAACUCUCACAGAACAACAGAACGAGACAAACAAACAAACGGAGGCAAUAAGGGAUGCGCAGAAGCUUGCGCAGAACGUUUUCCCGCCCUGAAAGACCAACAUUGACGUCACGUAGUCUCCAGUCUAUCACGCGGCCAUUUCAGAAACGUUUUCGUGAAGUCUUCGGAAAUGCUCGAAUUUUGAUCUUUUAUCUUCCUAUAAAGGCUUGGGAAGAAAAAUCUUUACCCAAAUCUCACUUAGCAUGGUUCUUUUUAGUGUUUGGUGAAGGUAAAGUGACAAAAGAAAAUAUGUCAAUUUUUUGGUUCAUUUGACCUUUAAAUCCCAAAUUAAGAUUGUAAUAAAUGUAUUGUGCUUUGUACGCCAAUCAAUCAUUUCAGUGUGAUGGCAUCAGGAUUGUUGGAGUCUACUGGUGAUUUCUUGGAGUCAGAGUUGGAUCAGAGUUGUUCAGAUCUUCAUAACAACACAGAUCAAAGUGAUGAUCUCAGGUACAAAUUAUGUGACUUCUCUUGCAAAACGUUAAAAUGUAAUGUAAUGGCUUUCUGUUUCGAGCAGAGUUCUUUUACUAGCCUGUUUGAACAGAUGUGUGCUUUUGUCAACACUUUAUGUAAUCCCAGUAGUAUGAUAAUAUUGAUAAUCAAUAUUUCACGGUAAUGCCAUGGCUUUAAUAAAAAAAAUGUUUUGAGAGACUACACUUGUAAAUUACUUAAGUUUUCUGUAUGGAAUAAAGAAAGAUGAUGGAUUAUAAGCUCAGUGAGUGAAUGUGAAGGAUGUGACAAUGAACAUGUAACAAGCAUGGGACAAAGAAAAAAUCUUAAGUCCCUGACAAGAUCUGAACCUGUGACCUCCCAAGCACCCAAGGGUUGCUCCAUCUAGAGAGCUGCCUGGAGAGCAAGGCCAUGUAAAAGGUUUACCGCAGUAUAUUUGACAUUUUUGACAUGUAACAUAUUUUUCUGUUCUAUUUCCUUCUGUUCAGUGGUAUUUGGUUGGUCAAGAAAGCAGACGUUCUAGCCAUCUGAUCCAGCUAAAUUUCAGCUUAUGUAUUAAAAUGUUACUUUAUUUCACUAACAGUGAAUAUAUAAUCAUAAGGGUUUUUCAGGUUAUAACUUGUCGUGAUGCCAUCUUGUUUCUUCCUUUACAGACGCAAGGUUCUAGAGGCAUGCAGAGGAUUUAAGCAUCUGUUCAAUGAGGCAAGGGAAAGGGCAUCCAAAGCACUUGGCUUUACAAAGAAACUUAGAAAUGACCUUGAAAAUGCUGCAAAAUUCAGUAUCAAUGUACCAAUGUAUGAACUGCUGACAAGACUGGAGGCUAGCGGCCAUGUACAGGUAGGCAUGAGUUGUAUGAUCAAAUCAGCCUGAAAGGACUUUUAUAGUGAAAGCCACUUGGAGUAAGUGGGUGAUGUCAAAUGAAGGGGUGUCUGAAAAAAAAUUAAAUGGUUUUCUGAUAAACCACCAUGAGCAGAUUGUCCUUGCAAACUACCUCAUAUUCUUGAAGAUGAUGUAAACUGCCGAAAUACAAAUUUUAAAUGAGGCUAUGAUCAUCGCAGUGGUAAUAUUGCAAUUUAAGCAAUUGAAAAUAAAACCAAAAAACAUUUCAGGACUUCAAUGGGAUUGGAACCCAUGGCCUCAGCGUUAGCACUGCGGUGCUGUACCAUUUAAAAUUUACCUCUUGUUCUUUUGUGCAACAAAGAGAGAAUUAAAAGAGUCUCUUAAGGCAUCUUUCCUUGCAACCCUUCAAUUUAAUACUUAAAAUUUUUACUUAACAGCACAGUGAAAGAAAAUUUAACAUUGUUUUGUUUUAUGUUUCAGGUUUUAGCUCGCCAUCUCACUGGACUGUUCAUGUUUGUUCCAAAAACACUUAUCAAGAAAAAAUGGUAAGUGUGAACUUUAUUAUUUUAUGCAUCAUUGUGGCAUUCUGUGAAGGAGAAUGCAGACCAUUAAUUCGAGCAUCGAAAAAUGUAGGGGUCCUCAUGACAGGAUAUUCAUGGCUGGUCACCCAACAAGUUUAUAAAUGGGACAGGCAGGGCUUCCCUUUUUGCAAUGCUGAGUGUAAUGAGGGUUUGCAAGAUAUGUAUUUCUAGUUAAACCAGACUUAAGUUACCAGGGCCCGCCCGAAGCUACCAGAGCUGCUGUGCUAUAGAAUGACAUCAAUAAUAUUAUUGUUUCUGCAGUCAAAUCAUUCAUCUCCUGAAUGCUUGCUGUGUUCAAGAAGAGUUUGGUGACCAAGUCGUCUCGGACGGACAGGGAUAUCUCCUGAUCAUGCCAUCCUGUGAUGUGGAAAGUGGCAAGGAGACAUCCUUCACUUGGACAGGCAAAAAAGUGACAGUCAAUCCAACAAUGGACACUGCUAUUGGUCUUGCUGACAUACAGGUAAUAGCAAGCAAAGUGAUUUUCUCUCUACUCAUGUAGAAAACAGUAGCUGGUAGGUGUAUUGUGAUGAGAACCAUUUAAACUCCUUCUAAUUAUCUCAGUUUGAUAUGACACUGUCAGUGUCAAAUUCAAAAAAUCCACACAUUUUCCUCCUUCCUUAGAAAAAACAGCAUUUCACAGUCUAAUACACUGCAUGUACAUAGCAUGUUUACAAACAUACUAGCUUGGUCAUUGCUCGCAGUGUCCCUGGGCCUCUCAUGGCUUCCAAAAAGACAGAAGCUUCUUUGCUGACUUAUUGAUGCAAAAUAUAUAGUAUCACUUAAAAGUAUCGAAAUAUAGUACUGAACAGUAUCUCUUUCUCUCUUGCUUUGCUGGCACUAAAUUAUGCUAGAUUUAUGAAGCCCUCUGUCUCUUUUAAGCCACCCCUCCCCACAAAUUUGCUCCUAAAAAAGCCCCUGGGGGACUUGAAGGAGGAUUUAUAGCACAUCCCAAUUUGAGUCUCACGGAAUUCUCGUAUUUUUUUCUUUUUUUAAAAAAAUAUACAUGUAGGUUGGAGGAUGAUAUUGGUUGUUCAGAAUUCUAAAGAGUUGGAUGUGCAGCGCAAAUUGUUUCUAGAAAGUAUGAGUUUGGCUGCGAGCAUUGUGAAACCAAGGACUUCAAGCCACCAGGCCAUUGCAGAAACUCUUGAUGAGUUACAGGUUUGUGCUCAACUAUUGAUUAAUUAAUGAAUUUAUUCAUUUAUUUUUGUGCCAUUUGCACCUUUACCUAUUGGACUGUUUGAUGUCAGACGAUGUGAACACUGGCCAACUGUUUGAAACAUUUCAAAAGUAGGUUGAGUUUGAUCGUCCGGGUGAACGUAGUCCUGAAUAGGACUGUUGUUGUUGACAGUGACUGACGUUUCGACAACCUGUGCGGUAGUCAUCUUUAAAGUCAAAGUGAUUUGUAUCACGUCAGUUGAUGGUAUUAUACUCGGGUUAUUGAUCUGAUUGGACAAUUACGUCGCGAUGUUAUUGGCUAUGAAGACUCGUGAUCAGUAAUUAGUGCGUUUCGAUCCGAUUUUUGUUUGAAACACGUCACGCAUAAUUUAAGCAAUUCAAGCAAGAUAUUACACACUCAAUUUGGCAAGGAGGCAAGCACUCUUUCUAAACCCUGCUUAACUUUUUCUGAAGCCUUCAUUUGAAAAGACCAGUUGCUAUACUUUACCCAGGAUAUAAAAUUAAUAGGAUAUAAAAUGGUUUAACAAGCAAAAUUCAGUACCCUACCAUAAGGCCACACCUUAAAAAAAAAACAAACUAAACUAGACCAACCGACAUUGUUGGUAGCGGGUAACACUAGGGGGUUCCGGGAACUGAUAAAUCUGUUGCCCUCCAAGUGCCUCCAUCUAAUUGAAGACACUUUCCAGAUUAAAUGGGAAUUUGGCAAUUAGUUUUUGAGGAGAAUUAGAAACUGGAGAAAAAAAACUGAGAAAAAGAGCAGGGGAGGAAACAAACAGCAUACUCAGCCCACGUGUAGCAUUGAUGAAGGACUCUACACUGGGCCACGUUGGUGGGAGGCGAGUACGCUCAUAACUGCACCAUCCCAGCUCUCGCCGUUCAAUCUUGCAGUCAUUCACAUCUGACAGCAUGUUAUACCACUUACCUUUCAUCUGCCUGUUUCUUUUCAGGAGGCAUGUAUGUCUCUUCGCGAGGGCAUAGUAAGGGCUGUGGAAAGAGUUGAUGAGAACUUGGAUCUUGAUAGCAUGUUUGACAUGGAUGAUGGAGAGAAGGCCAUGGUUUAUCAAACAUACACGGAAACCAUGCAUCUAUGUUACAACUUUGGUUUUGAGGUAAAUUCAGGCAGUACUUGGGGACAGGGACGUUCGUGAGUGAAUUUAAUUAAAACCGUCAAAAAGAGAGAAAUUUCCCUAAGCUUCAGGAGAAAGUUUAUCUUAUGUAAUCGUAUGUUGACAUUCUUUGACGACACCAAGUUUUAUGAAACUCAACACACUAUAUACACUCACUCACCCCACCCUCCCCCCGUCUGUAUUGGAGAAACGUUAAAGUGUCACUCGCCUACCCGGGCCACCCUGGACAAACCAACGUUUCAUACAUUUCCUUACAAAACGUGGCGAACUGUUUACAGGAGAAACAAAAAGUUGGCUCAGCUAGAAGGGUGACCUGGCUAGCCGGUCAACCUUUGUGGUGUUAAGGUCACUUGUUCUCUUUAUAAACAAUUUGGCUCGCUCAGCCGGUCAACUCGGUCAAAACGAGACAAUUUUUAUUUGAGCAUGUGCAAGCGCUCUUGGCUUAAGCAAAGGGAUCAAGUUUUUUCUUAUACCAACUCUCGCUAAAGUUGACUCGGGUGGGAGGGGAGGGUGACUCUUCUACCUCACUGGGAUAGGUUUUCUCCAUAAAAACGGGGCCUCAAUCACGCCUUUUCACUUUAGCGAGUCCCGGAUGUAAGUCACGAAGACCGCUUUACACCACACUAAUUUGUAACUUUCAGUAUCAGAAAGAGGUUGCUCGCUUGGUGUUUGGGCAGAGAAAGGAGGAUCUUGGACACAAAAUGCUGUCAUUUGCAAGGCAGUGGAUGAAGUUUGUGAUGACGAAGUGUGAAAGGGGACGAGGAACAAGACCAAGGUAUGCAAUGUAUCCCAUCAUACCAUUCGCCACCCUAGAAACGAGAAAGGAACUGGAGCCGAAAUGCGUACCGCAAUUGUUUCUGGGAUUGUUGCUGGGGACGCGCUGUUCAGCUAUUAGAGAGUUUUAGAUCCGAGUUUACCGCGAACGUCUAACCGCUGGAGGUCACGUGACAAGUCUUUCGCGUCACGUUUGAGGUUUACGACGUGCGUUUUCAACAUGGGGAGGUAGGUUUUCACGUACGUCAUUUACGUGAAAGCUUUUAGCGUAUAAUUCUUGUUUUAUCCCACGUAAUGAUACAAAAAUCUUGUGGAGCAAGUCUUCAUCCAUUAACAGAGGCACAAAUUCGGGCGAAAUGGCUAAAUUUGAUAAAUCUUGUUGGAUCUUGAAAACAAGUGCCAUUCAUGGCUGCUGAUUCAAAAUGGCGGCCGUAAAUUUGCAAGAAGAACUAAUGUAAGAGUUUACAGCUCUUUCCUGCUAGAUAACCCAGUGUUACCGUAAAUUUAUUUUAUUUCCACUGAUUGAUAUUUCUUCUAUUUCUAAAUGGAAAAAUAAACCUAGAAUGGCUUCUUUCAUCUACCUCCAAUCUAAAUCGAAUAAUGUUUGAACGUCGAACCGCGAACGGGUAACCGCAAACCGCGGUUAGAGGUUCGCGGUAAACUCGGAUCUAAAACUCUCUAUUGGCCAAUUUUUUUCCCCUGUCCUCGCUAGUAACAAUCCCAGAAGUCUUGGCGAAAGUUAACUCAAAGUGAUACAGCUGAGAAUGUAAAAAAUAAUAAAUAGACCUUUUUACCGAUACGGCGGCCAUUUUAAAUUUACUAGAUUUAAGGAGUAUUAGGGGAUGUCCAGGGGGCACUCGCUCAGUAUUUACGCGCGCUUUUUGGGCAAAAAGAGAACUUCAAUGUAAAUAUUUCUCGGGAAAAAGGCGAUCGUUAUUACGUCCAAACACUGCACAACGAUCUUUUUUCCCAUUAAAAUCUUUUUUUAGAAAAAAAUUGAAGAAAAAUGGGCCCGAAAAGCGCGCGUUAGUAAUGAUGCGAGUAUAUCGGAUCGUGCUCAUGCCCCCUGGGCAUCCCAUAAUACCCCUUAAAUCUAAUAAAUUCAAUAUGGCCGCCGUAUCGGUAAAAAGGUUUAUUAGAACAUCAUGUAGAUGAAAAUAUGUAGAUGUGUAGAUAUGUAGAUGUAGAUGUGAGCAUUAGAUCAUAUUUAAAUGCUAUUUUGCACCUUAUAAAUAAUAAAUUAUUAUAAUUAUUAAGAAACCCAGAGUUCCAAGUGGGAUGCCAACCCACGACCCUCCGUAGCCUAGUCAGAUGCUCUAACCACUUGAGGUGCUGAAGGCUCUGUGGUGAGCAAGGGUAUUUUUGUGGGUUAUGACAUACGAACUGCAUCACACAGUCAAACAACCAGACCUUAACGACUUAACUGCAUCUCGCAGUCAUAUUAAUGAUCAGUAACAACUGAUAAUAGAACCAUGCAUCCAUCCAACUAGCCAUAGUGCUGAUAACGUAAAUAAUAAUAAAUUAUGUGGAUGAGAAUCAACCACAAGAAACCCAGAAAAAAAAUCUGACUUCCUCAGUGUCAUUAGUGUGGAGCGGCCGGGGGGAGGGGGGGCGGGGGGUGAAAACACAGACCUGUGUCUCUCUCGUUAACCGUCUCUAGCCGCGGAGUGCAAUGAGAGUUUUGGAAAAUUGUCGUUCCGCGUGCAAUCCUUUUUCCCUGCGUCUGGUUUUGUAUCAUUUCGUGGCUCAUUUCAUAAAAGUUUAGUGUAGUGUAUAUUAUGUACCUUAACUUGGGGCAUCCUUCAGAUGUUCAUUAUUUCAAAUUAUUUUCUGCAUCAUGGUAUUUUGUUUGCAAACAAACAACUCAAUUUUUCUUUUGAACACUUCACGUUUGUUGUUGUGUUAUUUGUUCAGAUGGGCCAACCAAGGACUUGAUUUCUUGACGGUCGCCUGUGAUCCCAAGACUUUGACAACUUUGACCGAAUCUGAAUUCCAGGUGAUAAUUUAUAUUUGUAUUGUAUUGUUUAAUUGUUUGGUGGGGGAGGGGUGUGGGGGUUCGAGUUGCAAUUGUGCAGGGACUUCCCUGAAUGUUCGUGACAUGUCUAUAUUCGAGUUCAGUAAUUUGUAAUCGAAGAAAGUGAAUACGAUCUUCGUAGCUAAUUGAACAACCCAAGAGGUUAUCACAUCCAGACCUUUGCGAUUACCAGACGCAACGCUUUAUCUAAUUGAGCUAAAUCAAACCAACUGGAGAACAGGCCACGUCAGUACAUGGCAAUAGUUUUGGAAAUACCUUCUUUGACUGGUCAGAUGAACUACUGUACAGUCAAAAUUACCAGAGCCUUUUGCGCAUCCUUACUACAGUCGAACCUCCAUGUGCGAUCACCUCCCCUAAGCGAUCUCCUCUCCAAAAAGCCAAGAUUUUCCCAAUCCAAACCUUACAGCUGGAACCUCUCGUAAACGACUUGUUAGCUACCGCGACCACUUUUCGGAGAUGACGGUUUAAUAAUUUAACCCGUUGUAAGCGACCACGUGACGCAUGAUCUGAUCUCUAUGUUCUUCCAAGCUACUGUGUUUCUUAGAGUAUACAAAGAACGUUAAACGACAACAUGGAAUUACACAUAUCUUAACUUAGAAACUGCUUGCAAUAAAUUAUCUACUGUAAAACAGAUGCCGGUCUCCGAACCUCUUCUUGGAAGUUACUCCCUUUGGUUCUAUUCUUGUAAACGACCACCUCCCAUAAGCGACCAGUGAGUCAUCGCAUUUUGGGUGGUCGCUUUACACGGGAAUGUAAAUGAUCAUGAUCAAACUGAUUGCUUUUUUCUUAUUUUUUUUUUCUUUCCAGGAGUUAAAGAAACAGAUUAACACUUGCAUCUGUCACGUGAUCGGUAGUGCGGAGUCCUGUAGUGGAGCAAACAGUCCAGGUAUUAAACAAGUUGUCAACAGCAUCAUGUUUUCUUUCUUCCUAUUAUUCAUUUUUUUAAACAAAUUUAUCUCUAGCCUAGUCUCUCUCUUUAGAUAUUCUGUUAACAUGUCUAAGAAUUUUAUUGUUAUUUCGAGUUCUUCAACUUUCUUAUGUUUAGCGAGGCAAAGUCAAAGAUGUCUUUACCAACUUGGCUGUAGGAGUUUCACAGCUCCAAAAAUAAAUAAUUUCUACUGUAGUGAUUUAAUUUGAACGGACUAUAAUUUAUAACCACUUUUUAGAAUUGUUACUUUAAAAAGCAGAUAAAUUUAGUUUAUUUUAAAUUCAAUCUUCAAAUAAAACCUUUUCAAGCAAACGAAUUUUUUGCUGUCCAAUUAUGACUUCAGUUGCUUCAGUUGUUUGGGAAAUGCCAUCGAAGAAAGUAUCAGUGAUAUACAGUAAAAACCUGCGACGAAGAACCUGGUUUUUAGGAACUCGUUAGGCUAAAAUUUGCCAGUUAGACCCCCUCUAUACAAGAACCUGUUUAGCCUAAAAUUUUAAACGGGUUCAUAUUGUCUAAAAUCUAUUUUAGAAAAUUCUGUACACUUAAGCAAAUAAGAUAACUCAACAUUCAGGAUCUCUUUGGAGUGAUAGGUGCUUUAUCACUCCAACUGCAGUUGUAAUGGUAUACCUAAUGAAUGCGCUGAAUACAUGUGCCACUUAAUACUCUUAGCUACGAAUUUUUUUUUUUUUUUCCAGAAAAUAAAAACCUAAAAACCCUAAAUUUGUGCUAAUUACCAUUACUGUAAGAACCCGUUUAGGCUAACUUGGGACAAUGCAGGUUCUUAGUCGCGGGUUUUUACUGUGUAUGCUGUUCUUCGAGUUCCCACUCAAUGAACUGAUUCGACGUGACGUGGCCUCUUAUUUUUAUUUUGUUAGGCUACCGGUCUCAGAGCCCCGCUUGUCCAUCCCCGGUCUUUGGGAGAAAUCCUUCAUCGUCCUCUUCAUCCUCGUCAUCAUCAGCGCUCUUGAGGGCAGUUUCAUGGCCGGGAGGAAAGACACCAAAAUCCGGAGGGGACCAGGGUGAGGGAGAUGAUGGUCAAGCUACAAGACGACAGCUUUCAGACCCUCCUCACAGCAAACAACAGUUUCAGAGUUUAGCAACUGAUGUUAAUAACGCAAGUAAGUAUCACAAAGCAGCAUCCAAACACCGUGCGUCAGUGAUGCCCGAUUCAUACAGAGAGCUCAUUUAAUGUCGCAGUCCUGUGAGAAAUGAAGUAAAAAAAAUGAUGAAUAAAAAGAGGUGGUAGAUCAGGGAAUAAAGGGGAAAGAGUUUGUAUUUGUCACGCUGAGAACAUAAGACAAAGAGAUAACUUCUCCUUACGAGGAUUGAACUCGUGAAUGAAUUUUGUUGUUUAUGAGGGAAAGCAAAGUGUCGACUGCUCCCAGUCGAGCUCAUUUUCUACUUUACGUCGCGAGAGUGCCAGCUGGUUUUUUAUUGGAGCAAAUUAUUAAAUUGGUUUCGUACCCAAAACAAAACAAUAGUUUUGGCCAAUCACGAGUGAAACGAUUAGUAAAAUUAACCAAUCAAAACUUAAAUCAAACAUGCGCACCCGGCUCCAAGCGCUGGAAAUGCCUCAAGCAAUUGACGAUCGGUCAAUGAUUUUGUGUGUUUGGUUUUUUUUAUGAUUUUGUCUUUUUGCUUCUGAUUGGUUGAGAAAAUGACGCGGGGUUUCUUAACCAAUCACAAAGCGUGGCAAUGCGAAAUCAAAGCUAUUACGAAAUUAUCACGAAAAUUAAUAGCCUUGGAAUGCUCGUUGCAUAAAAUGGGAAGAAUAGAAACUGGUUGAGGAAAAAAGCUUCUCUUGGAGAAGGUAAAUAAAUCGUUCAUCUUCCCAUAGGCAUCAAUGAAGAGGACGAUAGCGGUGAUGACGAAGGAAAGGAGACUCCAAAACACAAAGACAGUUUCGUGGAAACUCCUGGCGCUUCACGGUUGGACAAAGUGCGUCACGCGCUAAAGAAGAUGGAGGCCAAGAGGAAUGAGUUCUUGUUUGAAAAGCAUGCUAUCGGUCGUGUGAGUAGCCGACGACGGGAUAUCGUCAAGGAACUGGCGAGUAUUUCCAACAGGAAGGUACCAUUCAAGUGGCAACGGGGUAACAAGAUAGGUAAGACAGAGAUUUUGUAAGUUGUAAAUUUCUAGUAGUCUGCUACACAGCCGUUUUUAGUGUCGUCACGCAACGCUUCUCCUGGCAUUCGGAGAGAUUUGGAGACAGAUCGACAAGAGGGACCAGCUCCCAAUAGCAAGGUGUCCAGCCUAGUCCUCAGGCCAGUUCGCACUAUCCGUGUGAGCGGAGGAGGCUUGGAAACGAGCGCGAUAGUCACAAGCUUGCCAAGUGACGUCAUAUCCUGAGUUUACCUCCAAAAUCGCCGAGGACGACAGGGAACGAGGCUGCAAUGUGUCAACAUUGGUAAAAAUUUCUGAUAAUAACUGCAGGUCUAAGCUUGAGCUUUCAGUUAUCUUUAGCUGUUGUUUUAAACCUUGACUUUAAAGUUUUUUCUAGCGACUUCAAACGGGUUUUCCUUAAUUUUUGAGAUUCAAAGCAAGUUUUUCGUUUCGUCGGCACUAGCUGGUGUUAACCAUCUGUCAUUCUUGUUACAGGUGAAGGUCAGUUUGGUAAAGUGUACGCUUGUGUAAAUUUGGACACAGGAGAGCUCAUGGCUGUUAAACAGGUAUGUUAGCCUUGAGGAGGACAAUGCCACGUUUUUAAUUAUCCAGGAGAAACGUAGAUCCUAGCAAUGGCUAACAGAAAUGAAGAAGGGAUUGGGAUAUUGUUACCACGCAUUUUCAGAAAGUGGAUUUUCACUGUAGCACCCCUUUCCUCGAUCCACCUUCUCCCUCUUGGUCAUUACCCUUACAAGACAUAUAUCUUAAAUAUGUUGAUUUUCCUUGGUUAUAAGUGCUACCACUUUCAAAUAGCUGCUGUUUGCAAGGAUUUUGAUUGAGUGUUUCUUUUUUUUAUGUGUGUGUGUUUGUUCAGAUCAAGUUUCAGCCAAAUGAUCAUGGUGAAAUAAGAGAACUGGCCGAUGAGAUAAAAAACUUUGAAGGCAUUAGACAUGAAAGUCUGGUUAAAUACUACGGAGUUGAGUUGCACAGGGUAAGAAUCUUAAGUUUAAGCUUUGAGUCGCAGGAAAGUAGCGCUUUUAAGCUUCCGUUUGAAUGGUUGUAGUUGAGGUUUUCAUUCACAGUCUGGUAAGUAAGCGUCACAUUGAAAAAUGAGUUCCACAACAAAUUGCUUCUAAGGAAAUGUGUUUUUGAAUGGCCACACUUUAGGACACUUAAAGUACCAGAGGUUUUUUCUCGCUUGCGACUAGGAGCUUCUUCGGUCUCAGGCCGACACGUCUUCGGCCGAAGGCCGAAGACACGAGUCACUUUUUAAGACUUAACCGAAACCGGAAACCGCGCAUGAAAAGCCUCUGGCACCCAGGGUAACUUGAGGAUUUCAUCCCGGAUGAAAUCCUUAAGUAUGACCAUUAUAUAUCUUAAUAAUUAAACAGCACAAAAGGAAAGUACUGUUCAGUUGCUUCCAUGGACUCAAAAGUUAGAGCCACUAUGUACAACUUAUAUGCAUGUACAAUAACCACAGUAGAGUUUAUCCACAAUUUCAGGAGUGUCCGACUUAGUAGCUUCUAUGCACAUAGUCCAGCAUUUAGCCCUUCAAGCCCCAAGAUUCACAUACAAAUUCUCUAGACUGAUCUCUAUACAUUUCUUUUAAGAAUAGUUGAGAGAAUUUGGUUUAAGAUCAAAGCGUUCUCCCUUUGGUAAUCACUGUAGUAAUUCUCAUAAACUUUACUCUUGAUAAUCUGCUGAUGUUGUUAGGAGAAAAUUGAUCUUAGUCACUCUUGGGAGCUGAAGGGUUAAGGAUGACACCAACCAAGAAUUUAGCUAAUAAAUUAAGCCGUGAAAAUGCUAAAAUGUUGAAUUUCACUCCCCAACCGACACAGCACUACAGUUUCUUUAGAAACUAACCCACUUACCAACUUCACAUUGUUUUGUUUUUAGGAUGAGAUGUUCAUAUUCAUGGAAUACUGCGCAGACGGUACCAUUUCAGAUGUGGCCAAGCUUGGUCUUCCAGAAUCAAUGAUCAGAGUGUACACGUACCAGAUACUUGUCGCUGUUAGUGUGCUGCAUGAGAAGGGCAUUGUUCAUAGAGAUGUUAAAGGUGAAUAUCUUGAUUGGUUCAUUCUACUCUCCUAAACUUUUGCGAUUGGCUAAAAUAUUCACCAUGGCGUGGCUUUCAAGCUCUAAUUAAACACAGCUGUUUUAUUUAUUUGUUCAUAAUCUACAAGCAGUACAUUCGUCUAUAAGGGCCUGUUUACAUGGAGGUGGGGCACCCCAGGAAGGUGAGGUAACCCGCUCAGGUGGGGUAACCCUUCUGUCCAUAUAAUCUCUCAUUUUAAUUUGAUCACGUUUAAAUGAUAGGUGAGGUGACCCGCCGCAUGUUACCUCACAUAUCUGCGGUCCCCCACCUCCAUGUAAACAGGCCCUAAGUUGGUCUAAUGAAACAACUUUAGAAAUUAAAAUUCGAUCAGGAAUGUGGUAGUAGAAGAAGAACCAAUAUGUAAAUGUCUUCCAGUAAAUCGUUAUUAAUAUUAAUUUACUUGUACGCAUUCUUCUGGCGACUCCGCCGCCAAAACAGCACUCCCACGCUAAUCCCGCCAGCUACGCCGGGAAAUUUAACUAUAUGCUUAUUGUAUUUGAACUGUAUCAACUGUAACAUUCGAAAAUAUUUCUCUGACAUUCGUAAUAUUGUUUCACUCAGGUGCCAAUAUUUUCGUCUCAUCCGGAGGUCUUCUGAAGCUAGGGGAUUUUGGAUCAUCCAUUAAGCUAAAAAAUCCCUUCCAGACCUGCUACGGUGAAAUCAGCAACAUCAGAGGGACAGUGGGUAAGACCUUCUUAGAAACUUAAGACUUUUAGCAAAAUAAGGCGUUAGUUUCUCAUAAGAUUUCACCACAUCGCAAGCAUUUGCUGCUCCUGACAGUUUGUAUUGCAGGACGUUUAGAAAAUAAAAGAAAAAUUCGUCGCCGCGUGUUAACGGUCUCGAUACAACGUUACAUGAAGUUUCACCUCGUAGUCGUAAAAUUACGUCAAAGAAAUGUACAAAAAGUGUGCUGCACGUGUUUAUUAUCUUACUUAUGUGAUUCACGCUUUUUUAUCCAAGAAUUAAAUUCCUUGGCGAGACUAGUCAGACAGUUUUUUGCGCUAACAACUACAGCACCAUUUGGUAGAAACUGGAUUGAAAAAUAGCUUUCGCGCCCGAAUUGGCUCCAGGAGUCAGUACCUGUUUGUAUUUGUCUUAAUGAUAGGAUACUUUAUUUCAGCUUACAUGGCCCCAGAAGUGAUAACGCUGGACAAGGGAGCAGGGUACGGAAGAGCAGCAGAUAUCUGGAGUAUUGGAUGUGUUGUGGUUGAGAUGGCAACCGGAAAGGUACACAAAACUUUUAAAAACAAGUUUGAUACACCCCCUUCCGUUUAGCUCAGGCGUCCGACUGUUGAUCUUGUGAGUUGGCUACAACUUUUUGGGCCUGGGCAAACAGAAAAAAAACCACCAAACAGUGUAAAAAAAUAACUGGGAACACGAUUUUUAUUUGAGAAGGGUCAAUAUAUUUCCGAGCCACGCGAAGGUCCACAGUGCAAAGGGAAAAGUCGACUAAUUGUCGACACGUAAAACGGACACCGGAGUUGGCCAUUUUACGUGGUCAACUUUCUAGAGCCAUCUCUCUAAGACGGAGGUCUAGCCGGUCCCAAGGGUGUCCAAAGGGAAUACCUUCAUUUCUUAGUUAUUUUAAGACCCUGAGUAAUGGUCCGACCCCGGGAAUCGAACCCGCAACCUCCCGCUCUGCAGUCAAGCGCUCUAACGACUGAGCUAAUCCUCCCGCAGUAGGGGUCUCUGAUUAAGAUUUUGUCUCAGUUCAGAUGAUCACGUCUUCGGGCCUAACAUUAAGUCCUUGGCCUUACCAUCUAACCCUCGUUGGUCUUUCUUAUAUGUGAAAGAUGUUAGGCGCUUUCCAUUCAAAAAAUUUUCCGGUGUGAAAUUUCGGAAAUUCCACGUGCCCAAUGGAACAGUCUCUCCCGGUGGCAAAGACCCGACCCAAGGCACCGCGCGUUUGGUUGCAGAAUACAAAACAGCGGUACUGGGGACAACAAUUUUGUCAAAUGGAAAGGGACAUUUCGGUCCAACCGACCGAGAUAACCAGACCGGUCAAAGCGGGUCCCGAAUAUGACGGAAAUGGUCCGUUCCGUUUGAUACAUCGUCCGAAAUUUCCGGAAUUUUGGGUUGAAUAGAAAGCGCCCAUUGAAUCCACACCACUGUGUGUUGUAAGGUAGGGGACCCAGUGUUUGGGCUUUGGCCUUGUUUCAGGCCUUGUUUAGUAUUAGAGGACACGAGAUUUUUAAUUGAUGGGAGUUGGAGGACAACUCGUGCAAACCAUCCAAGUUGUUUAACCUCCAAUACACAGUGUUCUCCCUAAAUACAUACAUCUCCACCAACUCUCGAAGUUACAGAUUAUUUUUUCAUAACCCUUACUGUCAUGGCGUGUUAUUGGUUAAAGGAGCAGUAUCACAAUAUAUUUAGCCAAUUUUAGUAAACAGAUGGUCAUAGGUUCAACUCAUAUUUGGAGUACUCCGAGCCGUCUGUGUCAAUGACUGAACGACAUCUUUCUCAAGAUAUAUGGCAUUAGAAAUUGCUGACCCUGUGUAUGUCUUUUCUUGAAGCCUCCUUGGCCUGACUGUGACAACAACUUUGUGAUAAUGUUCAAAGUAGGAGAAGGAGCUACUCCUGCUAUCCCAGAAACCCUUAGUGAAGAGGGACAGGAUUUUCUACUGUGCUGCUUCCUGCAUGAUGCGUACGCGCGACACACUGCCAAUCAACUUAUGGACCAUUCGUUUGUCAAGGUAGAUCUAUAAGGUAGAUGAUUCUACUCAUCUUCAUCAUUCUUUAGGCUAAUUUUUUACGUCUAGUUAUUGGGCUGCCCUAAUAGCCCAAUCGAGAAAUGAGCGCCCUGCCUUUCUUGCCUUUCCUGUGCAGCAAAAAGACAUUAGAGAGGUCAAGCAUCGUGUUUACGUCAAACGGCAAACGAGAGUUUGUACCACUUAACAUGCCUUGAUGAUUGUCGUUUGUAUUCAUUAUUUCUUUACUGUUAUAGAGGCGAUUUAAAAAAUUUUCGCGAAACCGGUGUCAAAAAUGAAAAAGCCCACUUCCGGGUUGACGUGCGGAAAAAACGUUGGGUCUGGUACCGAGAAACGAUGUUCGUCAAAUGGUUUCAAAUGAGUUUUUGUACCACGUGACCAAGUUUCCCCUUUACUUGUCGUUUACUGUUCAUUAUUUCUACUCAUAAAUUAGACGUUUCACGCAAUUUUUUGUCCAUAAGAAUUGUUUUGAGCUGGUUUUAUCCGCUCAUUUUCUAUUUUGAGAAAUUUUCACCUGGAAUCUGACGUUUGCCGUAUAGAAAACGGAUCAAAUUACGUUUCCCGUCUCCCCUCCGCUGCGUAGAGGAUUGAGGGAGAGAAUUUUCCUGAACACCAAACAGCAAAGAGUUUAAAGUUUAAUGAUUAGGGCUAGGAAACCGAGACUGAGCGAAUUGAAUCCCAUUUGGAGUCCUUAAACAAGCAACGUGAGACUAAGAUUCCUUUACACUGGCGUUCGGCGUUGUGCAAAUACUCUUGACGUAUCAAAGAUUUGCUAGACUACGAGUAGUCUCCCAGCUUUCCUCAGGGAUAGUAGAGCGAGCGAAACGCGAGCGCGCGUGAAAAUCACCGCACCCGAGGAAAGGCCAUUUUUGUCUCUCCCCGCCGCGUGUCGCCUUUUCUCGGUGAGGUGAUUUUCACGCGCGCUCGCUCUGCUAUCCUUGAGGAAAAAUUUGGGACUACCCGUAGUCUAAAGAUUUGCCGGUGAGCAAAUCCAAAUAUUAUGCUAGCACGAAUUCAAACUUCAGCUUCAGCUCUCGGAUCCUAGCAAUAUUUGUAACCAUUUGAUUAUUGCUGAAUUCAUGCCCGUCCCCCUACCCUAAGUGUCAGAGACUUUUCACGCGCAGUUUCCGGUUCGGUCACGUUAUCGUUACUUCUCAGUCGCCGCAUGCAAGAAAAACCUCUGGUAUCCCAGGUACAUCUGUCGGGUAUUUGCCACAAUAGGUUCCUCUAUCUUCUCCCCCUGCCGCCGCGCACUAACCGACUGUGCUAAUCCUUGCUUUUCACCACAUGUUAGAGAAUCCGUUAUUGUGGAAUCGGGGAAAAUUUUGCUUGUGGAUUCCGGAAUCCUAGGCUUUGGAAUCCGGAAUACACCUCACAAAGAAUCUGGAAUCCCACUAGCGAUUGGAAUCCAGAAUCCAAGUUCCACUCAGAAAGACUGGAAUCCAGCACCUUGAAUCCGGAAUCCAUGGCGUGGAAUCCGGAAUCCAAGACUGUCUUGGAUUACCUUUUAUGUGGAGAUGCUUUUCUUGAUUUGUUAACAAGACACUGGCUUUGCAGAGGUUAUAACUUAUCGCUGUUUAUUUUACCUUUUCAGUGUUGUUGAUGAGGAAGCAAAGAAUUCAAGAGAGCAUUUCCUUUUAAAAUGUAAGAGAAUGGCAAGUUACUCACCACAGAGAUAUACUCCGAGGCUUGACGACAGCUCCUCUUGUGGUACCGUGACUUCAAUCUGUGUGGCAUACGUGUAAGCCAGAAGGCACGGAAAUCACAUAUCGUACCACAAUCAGGGUUAUAACUUAUUAUCCUUAUAGAGGAUAUUACAUGGCCGUGCGGAGAUAGGGAAUUUCUCUCCUCAACACGAGAAAAUAAAUUUCGUAUCUCCAAGCGACCAUGUAAUGUUCUAUUUAUUAUAUAAACACCAAUGAAAUACCAAACUAUUUCACUUAAAUAGGCGCGAUUUAUUAUGCAGCCAUAGCAACGGUGAUCUUUUCACAUGUGAAGAUAACAUGUUGUUUCACUUGUGAAGAUAGGUUUUCGCGCGAAAGCUC